AUGCGGCGUAGCUUCGUGUACAAGGCGCUGGAGAUGAAGUCGAGCGGUUGGGACGCGGGCGGAAAUCGAGACGGAUUUGGGCGAAGAAGCAGAGUCGACGUUGGAGAACAAGGAAAAAAGAAGAAGAAAAAACAAAAAGACCACCAGGGCUGGGACUGGUACUUCAUUCUUCCUGGUCGGGAACUGCUCCAUUCCUAUGAAAAAUUCUCCCGCACCCCACGGAUAACUACCUUCCCCCUUCUUACAUCGCUGCAAACAUGCAAGAUCUUCAAGAAGAAAGACAAAGGAGUCAAGUGUCCAGGCGUCAAGGGCUGCCCCAUAUAA